AUGGUGAACGUCCUGGGUGGCAUUGCAAUGCACUACUAUGCGAGCAUGUGCGCCGAGGAGGGGAUGGCCGCGCGCGCACGUGCAAAGAGGGAGGGUCGGCGGGUCGGCUCGGUGGGCUGGGACCCAAAGGAGCGCAACUUCAUCAUUUGUUGGGUGAUGCUGCCUUUGAUACUGUCGGGCUGCGCCUUCGUCUAUAGAGAGAACACCAAGGUUGGCGCAACAGGAUUCCCCAUCAGGGUGACGGCGGACGACGUCGCCGCUGGCAUCCGGCUGGAGGGGCGCACCGCGUUCGUCUCGGACGCCACUGCAGGUGCUGGAUGGGAGACGGCACGAGUCCUCGCCGCGGGUGGCGCGCACGUCCUCGUGGGCGGGAGUACCGCGCACGAAGCUCGUGGCACAGUCGAGACUCUCCGGCGCGAGACCACGGAGGGGAAGUUCUCCCCUCUGCCUUGCGGCACGAGCAACCUCGAUGCCGUGCGAGCGUGUGCUGAGGCUGCCCGGGCUGCCCUGCAAGAGUCGGGAGCCGCCUUGGACGUGCUCAUCCUCAACGCACGCAGCCGCUCCAUCGGUGCGGCGGUCGAUCUCUCCGCCUUCCCGCUCACCCUCGGCAUAAACCACCUCGCUCAUUUUGAGCUCAGCAAGCUGCUGCUCCCACUCUUGCUUCAAGCAGCCGCGCCGCGGGUCGUUGUCAUUCCGUCGGUGAUAGCCAAGCCCGAUCCGACGUCGCAGAUGGGCUCGUACGUGCGUGUUGGCGGCACACGCUGGUUGACGCCGCUCACGGAGCUCGGCCGGCUCAUGCCGUUCAACGUACCCGAAGGAGGGGCGCCGGACGAGGAGAGCCUAGCUGAGCUUCUCCGCUCCGCGGCCGAUGAGGCGGCAGCCGGGGCCGCCUUGAUGGGCCACGUGGGCGACACCAUUCUAGCGAGCGCGCUGCAUGCAAGGGAGCUGCAAAAUCGCUAUGGCGCGCAAGGUCUCGCUGCCUUUGCCGUCGACGCGGUCAACUUUUGCUCCAAGAUCACCGCAGGGCGCAAGAUGCAGUGCGCGUCACGAGGCGCCGCCACCCAAGUAUACUGCGCCCUCCUAGCCCCGGCGGAUCAGUCGGGUUCGAUGUUCCGCAACAUGGAGCCGGCAAGCCUGGGCGACCCUCGCUUGCAAGCCAUUCUCGACGACCCUCGCGCGCCCGGCUUUUUCUGGGAGCACUCCACGCAGCUGGCGCAAGGCGCGUGA